AUGAACCAGUGGAGUGCGCUCGCGGCCUGCGAGGAGGUGAUGGGGCCCUUCGUCCCCGCCAUGGGCGUGGACCGCCGGGAGGCUGUGUUCUGCCCUAGGCCGCGCCGCCUCAGCCAGCGCGCCGGCGGCGACCACGUCCGGCCCGUCCCCAUCCGCUGGCAGCUCGGGUCAGCCCCGCCGUCGCAUCUUCAUCUUCAUCAUCAUCAUCAUCCGCAGUUUAAUGGAGAUCUAUAUCUGGUUUCCAUUCUUGAUUCCGUUCCUUGUCUCUGAAAUUGCAGGCCUUCGCAGGCGGAUCCCUGCGAUUCGAAGCCCGGGGGGGACGUCCUGGAUAUCAUUCUCGCCAAGGUCUCCAAUUUUUUUCCGUUUUCGUCGAUGUUCUCCGAUCUGGCCUCCAUUUCUUGCCGGCGUGUCUCUUUGAUCUGACUAAUUUUCUUCCUUUUUCUUCUUCUUCUUCUUCUUCUCUCUUGCAGGAUGCCUCGUCGCCGCCGUAUUUCUGCGGAUCGCCGCCUAUGAGGUCGAGUAAUCCGCUAGUCCUGGACGCCCGCUUCGGGGAGGAGAAGCCGCCGCCGCCGCCGCCGCUGCUGCCGCCGGUGGUGGCGGCGGCGCCGCCGUCCUCCGGCGGGGCGGCGCGGCAGGGCGGCUGCGUCCGCAACAGUUUUGGGCCCAACCCCGCCGCCGUCCGCGUCGAGGGGUUCGACUGCCUCGCCGUCGACCACCGCCGCCGCAGCAGCCGCGGCAUCACCGCCGUCGCCUGA